AUGGAGGAGAUCACCCACCACUUUGGAGUUGGCGCAAGUAGCCACAGCCACGGCCACGGCCAGCACCACCAUCACCACCACCCGUGGGCAUCCUCCCUCAGCGCCGUCGUUGCGCCGCCGCCGCAGCAACCGCCGAGCGCAGGCCUGCCGCUCACCCUGAACACGGUGGCGGCCACUGGGAACAGCAGCGCUAGCGGCAACCCGGUGCUGCAGCUUGCCAACGGCGGCAGCCUCCUCGACGCGUGCGUCAAGGCGAAGGAGCCCUCGUCGUCGUCUCCCUACGCAGGCGACCUCGAGGCCACCAAGGCCAAGAUCAUCUCGCACCCGCACUACUACUCGCUCCUCGCCGCCUACCUCGAGUGCAAGAAGGCAAGCAAGACCUUUAGACAUGUGCAUCCGGUGGGGGCACCACCGGAGGUGUCGGCGAGGCUGACGGCGAUGGCGCAGGAGCUGGAGGCGCGGCAGCGCACGGCCCUCGGCGGCCUGGGCGCUGCGACGGAGCCGGAGCUGGACCAGUUCAUGGAGGCGUACCACGAGAUGCUGGUGAAGUUCAGGGAGGAGCUGACGAGGCCGCUGCAGGAGGCGAUGGAGUUCAUGCGAAGGGUGGAGUCGCAGCUCAACUCGCUUUCCAUCUCUGGAAGAUCGCUGCGCAAUAUCCUUUCCUCUGGCUCUUCUGAGGAGGAUCAAGAAGGUAGCGGAGGAGAGACAGAGCUCCCUGAAGUUGAUGUACAUGGUGUAGACCAAGAGCUCAAGCACCAUCUCCUGAAGAAAUACAGUGGCUAUCUAAGCUCGCUCAAGCAAGAACUGUCAAAGAAGAAGAAGAAAGGGAAGCUCCCUAAGGAGGCUCGCCAGCAGCUCCUUAGCUGGUGGGAUCUGCACUACAAAUGGCCUUACCCCUCAGAGACUCAGAAGGUGGCACUGGCUGAGUCUACCGGGCUUGACCUGAAGCAGAUCAACAACUGGUUCAUCAACCAGCGGAAGCGGCACUGGAAGCCGUCUGAGGAAAUGCACCACCUGAUGAUGGACGGGUACCACACUACAAACGCCUUCUACAUGGACGGCCAUUUCAUCAACGAUGGCGGGCUCUACCGGCUUGGCUAG